AAACCUCUUCUCCCCGAAAAAUCUUCCCCACAUCACCUCGAUCUCUACCAUUUGAUCUACACCAGAUUACUACUAACCACCACCACCACCAUGGGAAACGGAGCCAAAGCCGCCACCAAGCGUGAGCGUAACGCCAAAGACACCAAGAGUGUUGGCAAGUCGCAGUUGAAGAGCAACGAAGCGGCCAAGGAUAUCAUGUGCCAGGUGUGCCGGUCGACUUUCCUCAAGACCACCCGGGCCCCUGCCUUGACGGAACAUGCUGCCAACAAGCACAACAAGACCCUGCAGGACUGCUUUCCUAACUUUGUGGAGGUGCCUAAGAAAUGAGGGGUAGAGGGACUAAUGGGAUUCACGAUAUCAUGUAUAGCUGAUCUAGUCAUUCAUGGGGUUUGAGCGAUUAUCGGCCUGGUGGGAGUGUCGUGCGAAAAUAGCUGAAAAAAUGUCAAAAGGUCGAAAUUCACAUCCCGCAAUUUAGUGCUUGUAUAGAUGACUAAGCAUGUGCCG